GGGAAGAGGCCAAGGGCAGGGAGCGAUGCUUCUUGGAGGAAGUGUCAGCCUCGCUGCCUGCCGAGGGCCAGAAGCGCCUGGUGCUGCCGGUGGCUGGGCAAGGUGCAUCUGUGGCGCCGACAUGGGCACUGCUGCGGGACUGCGGUCUGCUGGAAGGACGUGGGCUCUGGGCUCUCGUGGCAUCUGCUACCUGGGCAUCGCUGCCAUCGCAUGGGGCACAGUGAUGCAGAUGGAGGUGGGUGCCUGGACAUACCACUACAGUGACCAAGGGGACUACACGUGGGAGCAGGCCAGAAACUACUGCCGGACCUUCUUCACUGACUUGGUGGCGAUCCAGAACAAGCAGGAAAUCGAGUACCUCAACAAGAGCCUGCCCUUCCAUGGGCGCUAUUACUGGAUUGGCAUCCGCAAGCUGGGGGGCAUCUGGACCUGGGUGGGCACCAAGAAGGCGCUGACAAAGGAGGCAGAGAACUGGGCAGCUGGGGAGCCCAACAACCGCCGCUCCAACCAGGACUGCGUGGAGAUCUACAUCAAGCGGCAGCAGGAGUCAGGCAAGUGGAACGAUGAGCCCUGCAGCCGGAGGAAAAAGGCGCUGUGCUACCAGGGUGAGUGGGGGCACUGCAGCAUGGACCCGGAUCGGGUGGCUGGGGACGGGAGCUACCGCUGCGAGUGCUACCCUGGCUUCCACGGCCCUGAGUGCGAGGACGUUGUGCAGUGCACCAAGCUCGAGCCCAAGGGAGUGCUCAUGAACUGCAGCCAUCCCUUCGGAGACUUCAGUUACAACUCCACCUGCGCGUUCGAGUGCCAGGAGGGGUUCAAGCGGCGAGGGGCAGGCAUGCUGCGGUGCCUGCCUUCCCAGCAGUGGUCGGCAGAGACCCCCAUCUGCACAGCCAUCACCUGCCCAGUGCUCAGCGCUCCAGACCGAGGAGAGCUGAACUGCUCACACCUCCAUGGGGACUUCGCCUUUGGCUCCGUGUGUGACUUCUCCUGCCAGACGGGGUUUGCACUGAUGGGGUCAGAGAGCCAUGAAUGCACGGCCGAAGGGACCUGGACUGGGGACUCCCCACGCUGUGAAGCCAUCACCUGUCCGGUGCUCAGCGCUCCAGAGCAGGGAGAGCUGAACUGCUCACACCUCCAUGGGGACUUCGCCUUUGGCUCCGUGUGUGAAUUCUCCUGCCAGAUGGGGUUUGCAAUGAUGGGGUCAGAGAGCCGCGAGUGCACGGCCACGGGGACCUGGACAGGAGAUGCCCCACGAUGUGAAGCCAUUGCCUGCCCAGUGCUCAGUGCUCCAGACCAAGGAGAGCUGAACUGCUCCCAUCGCCACGGAGACUUUGCCUUCGGCUCCAUGUGUGUCUUCUCCUGCCAGACGGGGUUUGCACUGAUGGGGAUGGAAAGCCGCGAGUGCACAGCCACAGGGACCUGGACUGGGGACUCCCCACGCUGUGAAGCCAUUGCCUGCCCAGUGCUCAGUGCUCCAGACCAAGGAGAGCUGAACUGCUCCCAUCGCCACGGAGACUUUGCCUUCGGCUCCAUGUGUGUCUUCUCCUGCCAGACGGGGUUUGCACUGAUGGGGAUGGAAAGCCGCGAGGGCCCAGCCACAGGGACCUGGACUGGGGACUCCCCACGCUGUGAAGCCAUCACCUGCCCAGUGCUCAGCGCUCCAGACCGAGGAGAGAUGAACUGCGCCCACCGCCAUGGGGACUUCACCUUCGGCUCCACGUGUGUCUUCUCCUGCCAGACAGGGUUUGCGCUGACAGGACCAGAGAGCCGUGAAUGCAUGGCCACGGGGACCUGGACUGGGGACACCCCACAAUGCAAAGCCAUCACCUGUCCGGUGCUCAGUGCUCCAGAGCAGGGAGAGCUGAACUGCUCACACCUCCAUGGGGACUUUGCCUUUGGCUCCACAUGUGUCUUCUCCUGCCAGACGGGGUUUGCCCUGAUGGGGCCAGAGAGCCGCAACUGCAUGGUCACAGGGACCUGGACAGGAGAUGCCCCACGAUGUGAAGCCACCACCUGCCCAAUGCUCAGUGCUCCAGACCGAGGAGAGAUGAACUGCUCCCACCGCUACGGGGACUUUGCCUUCGGCUCCACGUGUGUCUUCUCCUGCCAGAUGGGUUUUGUGCUGACAGGGCCAGAGAGCCGCGAGUGCAUGGCCACAGGGACCUGGACUGGGGGCUCCCCACGCUGUGAAGCCAUCAAAUGCUCGGCACAGGCCACCCCCAAGAUGGGCCAAGCUCUCUGUUCCCACCUCCAUGGGGACUUUGCCUUUGGCUCUACGUGUUCCUUCUCCUGCCAGACGGGGUUUGUGCUGAUGGGGCCAGAGAGCCGUGAGUGCACGGCUGCAGGGACCUGGACUGGAGACACCCCACAGUGCAAAGCCAUCAGCUGCCCGGUGCUGGAUCCCCCCAGCAGAGGCCAGGUGAACUGUUCUGACAUGCAUGGGAACUUCACAUACAACUCCACGUGCACCUUUUCCUGUGAGGACGGGUUUGUUCGGAUGGGAGCGGAGAUGCUCUGGUGUGCAGCCACGGGAAACUGGACCAGGCAACCCCCUGUCUGUGCAGAGGACAGUGCACCCUUCUUGAAGCAAGUACUGGCUUACAGCAGCAUCGCGGCUCUGGUGGUCACCGGCAUCGUGCUCUCAGGGUCGCUCAUCGCCUUCCUUGCCAAGCGGCUCAGCGACAGAGAGGAGAAGAAGAAGCUCCUGAACCCUACCAGUGACCUAGGAUCACCCGGCACCUUCACCAACGCAGCGUACGAUGCCAACCUGUAAGGUGAGUGCCGGCGAGCCACUCACAGCACCCUGCGCUCUCGCAGCGCGCUGGA